GAACCUACUUCCAAGAUGUCUCUGGUCAUUCCUGAGAAGUUCCAGCACAUUCUUCGUGUUCUUAACACGAACAUCGAUGGCAGGAGGAAAAUCGCCUUCGCCAUCACCGCCAUCAAGGGGGUCGGCAGACGUUACGCUCACGUGGUCCUGAGGAAGGCCGACAUCGACCUCAACAAACGGGCCGGAGAGCUGAGCGACGACGAGGUGGAGCGUGUGGUGACCAUCAUGCAGAACCCUCGCCAGUACAAAAUCCCCGACUGGUUCCUCAACAGGCAGAAGGACAUCAAGGACGGCAAAUACAGCCAGGUCCUCGCCAACGGUCUGGACAACAAGCUGAGAGAAGAUCUGGAGAGGCUGAAGAAGAUCAGGGCUCACCGCGGGCUGCGGCACUUCUGGGGUCUGCGUGUGCGUGGUCAACACACCAAGACCACCGGGCGCCGCGGUCGCACCGUGGGCGUGUCCAAGAAGAAGUAAACGCCGCUUCCCUUUGUUCAAUAAAAAGCUCAAAAUCCA